AUGACCAGUAGACACCUCAUCAACAGGUGGCUGUUACAGAAUGUAGAGGGUAACUGAUGCAGAAGAAAGACAAGAAACUAUGGGAACAAAUACUCACUGCAUAAUUUUCAGAAGAUUACUCUCACCCUAAGAAGAAAGCAUGACAUAUUAUGCAAAACACCUGAACUAAUUUUUGUUCUUGCCAAUCUGAGAACCCGGCGGACAACUCAGGAAAAUGGAUGCAUAACAGGUAAUGGCAUCCAUGACCAAGAAAAUGUCACUCUUCUCCUUUCUGAGUUAACUGCACAAAGAAAAACCUCUACGGAAGCUCAGGGAGUGUCCUUUGCUCAGCGAAACCUGAAUAACCGGCUUCCCACCUGGACGCUGCAGGGCGGAACGGGCGGGCAGCUUCCCUCGCCUCCAGGUGGAGACGUCGCUGUCCGUCCGCAGUCACGGAGGCAGCGGACCGACGGGUGUCACCUACGCGCUGGGAGGGGCGGGUACAAGACCCAUUUCCGGGGCGGGUACAGGGCCCAUUUCCGGGGCGGGGAACAGCGCAUGCGUUGUGGGGAGGUGGGGGGGGUUGGACUUCUUCCGCUUUUCCGGCGAGGUGAUCGCGGAAGAGUGGGAGCUGAGGAUUUCCGGCUACUCAGAUUGCGGUUCGGCGACUGCUGCGAAAUGGAGGUGGGCUUGGCGGCCGAAGAUGGUCGGGAUGGUCCGCGGGAGCGGCGAGGCUUGGGUGAAGCCGAGAGGCCGCAGCAGAACCACGAAGUGCGGCCUCAGUCCGGGGCAGACCGGUUACCAAAACAUUCUUACUGGUUGGAUCUCUGGCUCUUCGUCCUCUUAGACGUGGUGUUGUUUUUCUUCGUGUAUUUUUUGCCCUGAAUGGUUUGCCUGGUACCUAAAUUAAGAAUUUUGGCUCCUGGAGUGGAUCCUGAACAUGACUACAAACUUGGAACAAAGAAGACAGGAUUUUGCACCAGAAGAAUUUCAAACUCUAAGGGACCUUCAUUUCAUUUUACACAUUCUGUUAUUCUUUGCGGGGACUAUAUUAAAUGGGUAAUGAUCUCAGCCAUUCAUAGCUAAGUUCUUAAAACUCGGCUCUGAUUCAUGUUUUAAAACUUUUUACUGAUUAUCUGGUGGCUUUACAGAGGCUGAACAUAAAAAGUAUUUAUACAUGAAGGUUUAUUAUACUCAUUAGGAAAUAGAUUGUUUUUCCUUUAACAUUUUAAGGGUUGGCCAAGGUUUAGUAUGAUGCAGAUAAUAUGGUGAAAUAAUAAGGUGAAAUAUUUAGAAAUUAUCCAAAAGCAAGGGAAGGAUUUUGAAAAAAGGAGUUAAAAGCUAUGCAGAAAAUGUAGGCCCACAAUAUAUUUGCUGUAAGUGCCAGUUUAAUUUUUAGAUUAAGUGGACCUCUGUUAUGGUUGCUAGGUUGGUACAAUCUUAGAGAAAGUAUAUAAUAUCCAGUAAUGGAAGGCUAGAGUGCAUGUUCUCUUACCUGGAUGCUUCCCCUCACUUUUAAGCUCUUGAACUCUGUAAAGUAGGACUGUGUGUUUCAAACCUAAUUUUUAUUGUGGUUGCGUUAAGGAUGUUUGUGGCCAAAACAUGUUUACUAUAAUGUCUGUAACUUACUUUAAUACUCCAGCAAAGUCA